AUGGUGGUACCUUACCCCAUAUUGAUGGGGGUGAGUAGUAGUAAUGAUGAUGGUGAUAGUGAUGGUGAUGAUGAUGAUGCUAUUCCCGUUUAUGCUACCAUUGUUACUACUAACUCCUGGCCUGAACUGAACCUGGGGCAGCAAGGCAAGGCAAGGUCACUCACUCACCACCACCUCAGGUAUGCAAACAAAAACACAACUCACGGGGGUGAGGAGGAGGGGGCCGACGGGCCCAUAGAAGGUCAGCUGAGGGAGUUUACUACUACUAUGGAGAAAGGAAUCCCAAAUCAGAAUACCUUCUUAGCCGAAGUGGAGCACCCACCCACAACUCUCACACCGGGAAGGUCGGGAAAGUACCUUACCAUCACUUCCCGAAGUGUGUUGCAAAAGCUCCCCACACUGAAAACCGUGGAACGAGUCGAGGUGAGGUUUCUCGGUCGGCAUGUCAGUCCUGUCGCUUGUCGUUUGUUCGUCUUGGUUUGUCUGUCCCUGAUCCAUAGGAUGGGAGGUGAUGGGUUUGAAGGUUAUCUGGUUCUUCUCCGUAGUUUAGUUUACUACUGGGGACACGUGAGGGAUGCCAACCCAGCAGUAAGCAUUCUGCAUGAUCGCAACCAAAGAAAGGGUUUCGAGAACGGUCAAAGAAGGUCAUCGGGAUUGCCGGUGGAUUCGAACAAAGUGAGGCUAUUCCGUGCGGGCGGCUGCCAAAAAGUCCGGAGUAGUAGACCGGAGUACGGAGUGGAUAGUAAGAGGCUAACUCCCAGUACGGGGUUCGAGAACAGAGAUUUUUCUGGGGCUGACAUGGCACAUCGGAUGUCGGCAGCAGGAAGUCUGUUGGCCACUGAAUUGGGAUUUGUCGAGGGGUCAAGGCGACCGGGGGGAGGGGGACUUGCAAAGCAGAGGUCAAGUCAGCUCAGGAUGCUAAACCACUUUGGGCCGACCCUCUCGUAUGAGCCGUGUAUAGGUGACGGGGGUGAGACAAUUAUCCGCACGGUGACGGCGCGUGUUGGCGCGUUAUGA